AAGAAUAAUCAAUAAUGAUGUUGGCGGUUGUUAGAGUGGUGGUGUGUGUGCACAUAUUUAUGCUGUUUCACUUUGCAUUUUUGUCUUCUCAUUCAUGCCAUCCAGAAGAGAGUUCUGCCUUGUUUCACUUCAAGACUCAACUCAUUACUAACACUACCUUUUUUGAUAGAUGGUAUGAGCAUAAAUGUCCCAAUGCUUAUCCAAAGAUGAGUACGUGGGACAAUGGGACAGAUUGUUGUUCAUGGAUGGGUGUCACGUGUGAUUCUCUGUCUGGUCACGUGAUUGGCCUCGAUCUAAGUUGCAGUGCACUUAUAGGUAUAAUCCAUCCUAACAGUACACUUUUCCAUCUUACUCAUCUCCAAACACUCAACUUUGCUUACAAUCAUAUCUAUAAUUCUCAGUUGUCAUCUCAGUUUGGUGGGUUUGUGAGUCUCAAACACUUGAAUUUAUCUGAUUGUUAUUUUAAAGGUGAUAUUCCUUCCCAAAUCUCACACCUUUCCAAAUUACAGUCACUUGAUCUCUCUUGGAAUUUUGGUUUGAAGUGGAAAGAAACCGCUUGGAAGAGAAUGCUGCAAAAUGCAACUGCUUUGAGUGAGAUUGUAUUGGAUGAAACAGACAUGUCUUCCAUUACCAUAACACCAAGUCAUUGGUCCAAUUGGUCUUUCUCUUUCUCUUUGGUUACUCUUAGUCUUGUUUAUACAAGAAUAAGCGGAAACUUGACAAGUCACAUUUUUUGUUUACCCAAUCUUUAUGAGCUCAAUCUAUCUGAAAAUAGCAACAUUCAAGUUCAUGUUCCAAAGUUGAAUUGCAGUACUUCUCUUAAUUUUUUAGAUCUUUCAGGGUGUCAAUUCUCAGGAUCACAAAUCCCUUCUUCCUUCUCUAACCUCACACAUCUAACUUCUUUGUACUUGACUGGAAGUGAAUCCAAUGGUUCAAUCCCAUCCUGGCUCUCAAAUCUUCAACAUCUCACUCACUUGGACCUUUCAUUCAAUAGAUUUAGUGGUUCAAUCCCGUCAUUUUUCUCAAACAUUUCACAUCUCACUCACUUGGACCUUUCAUACAAUGGAUUUAAUGGUCAGUUUCCAAAAGAACUUGGUCAAUUGACCAAAUUACAAACACUCAUUCUUGCAGGUAACAAUUUAGGAGGAAAGUUAUUGCUAUCUUCAUUAGCUAACUUAACUCAAAUUUCUCAAUUGGAUUGUUCUCAUAAUAAGUUUCAGGGGCCUCUACCUAAAAAAACAACAGGUUUUUCAAGUUUGACUGAAUUGAUUUUAAAUGAUAACUUAUUAAAUGAGACAAUUCCAUCUUGGUGUUUCUCCUUACCAUUUUUGACAUCCUUAGAUCUAUCAAAUAAUCAGUUUGCAGGAAAUAUAAGUGCAAUCUCAUCCCAUUCCUUGCAGUCUCUAUAUUUAUGCGGGAAUAAGUUACAAGGAAAUAUUCCAGAAUCACUAUUUAACCUUGUAAAUCUCACUUACUUAUGUUUGUCAUCAGGCAAUUGGAGUUAUUCCCUUCAUUUACCACUUUUUUCCAAGCUUCAAAACCUUGAAGUCCUUUCUCUUUCAGGUUUUAAUUCGUUGUUAUUAGAUUCUAGAACCAAUUCCAGUUAUAAUAGGUUCUCCAACUUAGAAGCAUUGCAGUUGGUUCAGAUCGAUUUAACUAAUUUUUCCAAAAUCUCAUGGAAAUUUCCAAAGUUGCAAAUUCUCGAACUCUCAGAAAAUAAACUUGAAGGAAAAAUUCCCAAAUGGAUACAUGAUUCACAUUCAUUAGAGUUUUUGGAACUUUCACAAAAUCAGUUGUCAUCAAUAGGCCAAUUCCCAUGGUACCAACUUGUAUACCUUGACCUUAGUUUCAACCUGCUAACUGAUGACAAUAUUUCCUUCCUUUGCAAUGCAACUUCUCUCCAGAUUAUCAACUUGUCGCACAAUAAGUUCAGAAGCACCAUUCCACAAUGUGUUGCCAAUUUAUCUUACCUUAUUGUUUUGGAUCUACAGACAAACAAAUUUCAUGGCACUUUGCCAAGUAACUUUUCCAGGAAUCUCAAAACAUUGAAUCUCAAUGGGAACCAAUUAGAAGGUCAUUUGCCUAGAUCUCUGUCCAACUGCAAAGAUUUGAUGGAUUUGAAUCUUGGCGACAAUCAGAUUGAGGAUACAUUUCCACAUUGGCUUCAAAGUUGGAAUUUGGAAAUAUUGGUUUUACGAUCCAACAAGUUUUAUGGGCCAAUAGUCAGCUUCAAAACCAAAGAUGUGUUUCCCAGUUUAAUUAUUUUUGAUAUCUCAUCCAAUAAAUUUAGUGACCAAUUACCAAAAAGCUACAUAAAAGGUUUCCAAGCCAUGAAGAGUGUUGUUGGAGCAGAAGUGCAAAGCAGCUUCUAUUACAUCCAAAGUGGUUAUGGCUUUAUACGAGGCUCCAUUGACCUAGAAUACGAUGAUUCUGUGACUGCAACAAUGAAAGGGCUUAGAACCAAUCUUGAGAAAAUUCCAAAUGUCUUUGUAAGUAUUGAUUUAUCAAAUAACAGAUUUGAAGGGGAGAUUCCAGAUGAUUUUGGAGAACUUCAUGCACUUAUAAGCCUUAACCUUUCCCAUAACAGCCUCACUGGUCCUGUUCCUCACUCUCUAGGAAAUUUGACAAACCUUGAAUCAUUGGACCUCUCCUCAAAUUUGCUUACAGGGAAAAUUCUUGCUGAGUUGACCAAUCUGAACUUUCUUGAGGUCUUGAAUCUUUCCAGCAACCAUCUUGAGGGAUCAAUACCUCGAGGAAAGCAGUUUGAUACAUUUUCAAACGAUUCCUAUGAGGAAAACAUGGGGCUGUGUGGAUUUCCGUUGUCAAUUGAAUGCAACAACAAUGUCCCUCAACAGCAAUAUCCAUCUUCUGAGGCUGAAGACAAGUUUGGGUUUGGUUGGAAACCAGUGGCAAUAGGAUAUGCAUGUGGAAUGGUAUUUGGAAUUGGCUUGGGAUGCUGUGUUUUCUCAAUUGGAAAGCCUCAAUGGCUUGUGAUCAUCUUUGGAGGCAAAAGAAUUAAAAGGAGGAGCCGUGGAAACCGGCGUGCAAGAACAACUUAGUGGCCACAACUUCUGCAUGAGAAAUCUGUUUCAGGUUUUUGUUGUAACAUAAAUGUGCAAUAAUUAAGUUUGUAUGUUAUGCUGCUGUGUCUUUUUAUAUUUCGUUUGAGGCUUUAAUUUGGUUGUUUCUGUUUAUGUAUUUUUAUAUUUGUAACUUUGUAAGUGUAUUGUUACAUAUAUAUGAUGCU